CAUUACUCCGUCACUUCCAACUUGUGUGGUUCGUUCCUCCGUCAUCUCUCUCAAUUUAUUCUCGAAAUUAUUUUCAGAAAUUUCCAAUAUUCAAAUUUCUCACCAAUUCGUGACAAGUCCGACUGCAUCUGAUAUAAAAAUGGACAUAGUUGAGCAGCAAAUGAUGAUACCCUCAAUCUCUUCGUCGUCUCCGGAGGCAGAACUGAAGAAGAAGGGUCGUCGUGGGAGAAAGAAGGCUCAACCGAUCAAGGUUGAAGAAGGAACAGGCGAGGCCGUAGUUAAGCCUAAACGAGGUCGCCCUAAAAAAAUCAAGGACCCAAAUUUGGUUGUGAAAAAGGAGCCUAAAAAGUCUCGAGUUCAUCAAACGGAAGAUUCUUCUAUCCUGGCUUCGCCAUUCUCUUCGAAUCAGGCACAAUCUUCUGCGCAUGCUGUUCCGAUAGCCAAGAAGCGUCGUGGAGCCGGGGGACGAAAAGCGGGCAAGAAGAAUUCAACUGGAGGAGAUGGUAACCAAAAAAAUUUUAUGGACAUCUUCGAUGUUAUCCCGGAUGAAGAACUUAUACCUGAGGAACUCGUUGGAUUCGAACAUAUUGAAAUUCACCGAGCAGCGGAGGCGGAAUACUACAACUGGGGCAGAAAUCUUCUAUACGAGACAGAUGUCAAUCCGUAUGCAAUGCCAAUGGGGGCACAUUUCAGUGGAUUUACUUUCAACUCGAAUCGCCAGUCAGUGAAUUUGCAAAUGGGUCCCAAAGUGGAGUCAGGAAUCAACUCAAAUUUCCAGUAUUACAAUCGAUAAUUCCUCUGUUUCUCAACUUCCUUAUAGUUAUUUAUUUAAUAAUGCAAUGAUGAUGUAUUCAUGAUGCCAUUCCUGCACUUUCAUAUGAGAUCAAACUCGAAUUCUAACAAUUUAUUUAUUGUCUGAAUGAUUAUGAAUGUUUUAUAAUCAAAAUGUGUCAAAUCAAUGUUUUUGUUAUUCCAUGUGAAAUUCAAUUUUUUUUCGAUAUUAUCAUUUUUUUUAUUUUCACUUUUUGAGGUUUUUGAUUGUAAAAGAAAUUGCAAAUUUAAUAAAUAACAUCCAUUUUUGUAUAUUUCGAUUAAAUUGUAAACGGCGCAAUAAUAUAACUCAUUUUCACUAAAACUAAAUAAUAAUA